GUUCAAACACAAUCAGAUUGUUAGUGUUAGAGAGCCAACUACCAAAAUAAAAAACAUGGACAAUUUCUUAUCCACACAAAAAAAUCUCAAAUCUUGGGUACAAAAGUGCAACAUGUCACAUUAAUCUGGGUAUUACCUUACAGCUUACAUCAAUCAUCAUAGAACUCAUUACUCAUCAUCAUCAAUCACAAAUUCACCAUUCACCACUCUUCAUUCCAGACCACCAUUGAUGAAUUAGAGCAUUUCCAAUGCUCUUAUUCUUCAAGUCUUCUGCAAUAAUCACAACUUCUCCCAUAUUCCUUUCUUUGUCAAAAAUCACUCCUCCCAUUUCUCUCCUCCACUUCUCCACAAUGACAUCCAUCAAUCUUCAAUCACACUGCUUUGCAGGAAAUCGCAUCAAAGCAAAAAUCCCAAAAUCCAAUGACCUAUAUUCCCCAAAUUCAGCUCUUGAAACCCUUAAAUCUCAUCUUUUGGGAAGUACCCAUGAUGUUCUUUCACCUAAAUUUCAAGUCUUACCCUUCAGAAAGGGGAGACCUUUAACAGGUUUUCAUGGUGCCUCCCAAAAUUGGCAUCUGGGCUGGCUUAGUUUGGGGGAUUGUAAGGGUUUAUUGGCUGAUUCUAUAGUGGAAUUAAAGGAAGAAUCUUUGGUUUAUUUGGGUUCAAGAUCAGAGGAAGAUUCUGUUUAUUGGGCAAUCGAUGUUUCUCAAGAUGAUACGUUAGUCGAUGAAUUAGCGAAGAAGUUUAUGUCUUUUGUUGAACUAAGAACCCUUAUGGUUGCUACUGAUUGGUCUAACUCUAUUGCUAUGGCUGAUUUAGCUGUUGCUGGCCAUGCUAGAGCAUUGCUAGAAUGGCAUAAUAUAUCAAGAUUUUGUGGGCAUUGUGGAAGUAAAACUUUGCCUAUGGAAGCUGGUAGAAGAGUGCAGUGCACGAAUGAAUUGUGCAAUAAGAGGAUCUAUCCUCGUGUGGAUCCAGUUGCAAUAAUGCUCGUAAUUGAUAGAGAGAAUGAACGUGCACUAUUAAGUAGACAAUCAAGAUAUGUACCUCGGAUGUGGAGUUGUUUAGCAGGUUUUAUAGAGCCUGGAGAAAGUUUGGAAGAAGCGGUGAGAAGAGAAACAUGGGAAGAAACCGGUAUUGAAGUAGGAGAAGUUGUCUACCAUAGUUCUCAGCCAUGGCCUGUUGGGCCAAGCAGUAUGCCAUGCCAGUUGAUGAUAGGCUUCUUUGCUUUUGCAAAAUCUCUAGAAAUAAACGUGGACAAGACAGAGUUGGAAGAUGCUAGAUGGCAUAGUAAAGAAGAAGUGAAGAAAGCCCUUUUGGUCGCGGAAUAUGAGAAAGCCCAAAAAACAGCUGCUGCCAAGGUAGAGCAGAUAUGCAAAGGGAUUAAGGCAAGUCCGAACUUGUCUUUAGAUUUCAACACUGAAAGUGGAGAGCUUGCACCCAUGUUUAUUCCGGGUCCUUUCGCCAUCGCCCACCACCUCAUUUCCACCUGGGUUUUUCAAGGUGUUCCAGCAAGCGCUUCUGGUGGUCCACAUACACACCCAAGUGGUUCUCUCUCAAAUCUGUAGUAAUUUGCCCCAACUAAUACUGUCUUUCAUUCAUAUGAUUAUUCUUGUGACAUUUUAGAUAUAAUUAUUCUUUGACUCUUGAAUAUUUAUACAUAUAUUUGCUUAACAUGGUCUUAUGUAUGUAACUAUGAUGAGAGGGUUUGCUUUCCAGUCUCAAUAGAGCCAAAGAUCUAAAGUUUUUCCAUCAAAUUUUAAUAUGUAUAGCAAAUUGAACUA